AAAACAUUCGUAAUUAACAGUAUUAUGACACUACCGAAUUUGCCAAGUGCGAGACCCAAAUCGGCUAAGAUUGGUGCUAUCAACCAACAUCAGCUAAAGGAAGUUAGAAAGAGUUUCGCCCCAAUGCUUAUUGAAAGUGUUUUUCAGAAUUACGUAGGCGAAAAGAAAUUGAAUUUUACGAAAAAGAAGUACACAGAGAAGUUUAUCAAGAAGUGUGUUGAAAUCUGUUGGCUGAUGAAUUCACAGAAUCCACCUGUCAUUUUUGAUACAUCUGACGUGGAUGGGAAAUCUUUUGAUGUCGACAAAUUCAGGACAUACACAAAAACUGGCAAACUGGUUGACUAUGUUGUAUGGCCACCAAUGCUGUUACACAAAGGAGGACCGAUGCUUUGUAAAGGCGUGGCUCAAGGAAAAUAAUUAAGAUAUUUAAACAUGAAUAAAUUUCAAUAUUUUAGCGUGUCUGGCUUCAAUAACAUUAGGUUUAUAUAUCUGCGUAGCUGCAAUGAAAUUGUUUUUGAUCUAUUUUUCGACCCAAUGAAAUUGUAAGAUACAAAACUUUUUGCUGAUAAAAGAUUUAUACAAAUGGUUUAAAAUGCAUCAGUUAUAUGAAAUAUAAGGAGAUGGUCUAUAUAAAAAAAUGUUAUUAAAAAACUUUAACUUUGGCUACAUAGUACACGUGUUAUGACAUCAUUUAUUUAUAUAAAAACGUCAAGAGUUAUGAUAGGUAUGAGAUACAUUCUUGUGCAUUUAUAAAUGUAUCAACACCCAAACAUUUCCAUUAUAACUAUUUGAAGUCAAUUAAUCC